AUGGGCACGGAGGACGAGGAGCAGCUCACGCUGCAGAACAGGUGCCUUGCCGCGGCGGGCGCGGCCAUUGCCGCUGCCACCGUCGUGAACCCCCUGGAUGUCGUGAAGACCAGGAUCCAAGCGCAGGCGAUGGCGUCUGCCGGCGGCAGAGGCACUGCCAUAGCGGUCAAUGACCCCCAGCCGCUCGUGCACACCCUGUAUGAGUGA